CGUUAUGUGUCGACGGUGGCUAAAGCGCUUUGCGCCGUUCGAUGGUCACCUUCAGUCUAUACUCAGUGGCCGUGCUGAGUAGCCGUGUGUCUAUACGUGGUGGAAUUUACUAACUAGGGGUGCUCAACUCCUCAAGCAACUCGCAAACAAAAACACUCAAUCAACAAGUCGUCGAUUGCAAACGUGUAAGAAGGGAAACAUCUCAGCAUGAGUUGUGCUAGUGUUUUGACCAGCAAAGACCUGCCGGACAUUGAGAGCCUGCUCGCUCUCAACCCGCGGGUAAAGCAAAACUGCUCGCUGGUACCGACGACCGUUACGAAGAAGGUGAAGAAACACUGGAAGCGCAAUGUGGACAGGUCUUGCACGGCUUGCACAUCGCUGACCAAUGACUUCUCGGACAUUAAGCACACGACACUGUCGGAGCGUGCCGCACUGAAGGAAGCGUCACGCUGUCUGAAGUGUGCCGAUGCACCGUGCCAGAAGUCCUGCCCGACGCAGCUCGAUAUCAAGAGCUUCAUUACGAGCAUUGCCAACCGCAACUACUACGGUGCGGCGAAGGCCAUCUUUUCGGACAAUCCGCUCGGGCUGACGUGCGGUAUGGUUUGCCCGACCAGCGAUCUGUGCGUGGGAGGUUGCAACUUGGCCGCGGUAGAGGAGGGCCCCAUCAACAUCGGCGGCCUGCAGCAGUAUGCUACGGAGGUGUUCAAACGGAUGGGUCUGCGACAGAUUUUACCACCGGGGGUGGCUCCACUGCAGUACCCGAACAAGCGCAUCGCUUUACUGGGUGGCGGACCCGCCUCACUCUCCUGUGCCACCUUUCUCGGACGGCUCGGUUACCGUGAUGUGACGGUGUACGAGCGUCGUUCGUAUCUGGGUGGGUUAAGCUCGGCCGAAAUUCCUCAGUACCGGCUACCGGUCGACGUAGUGAACUUUGAGGUGCAGCUGGUAAAGGAUCUGGGCGUACAGUUCGUGCUGAAUCGAUCGCUUUCCGCCAAGGAUUUAACCGUGCGUGGUUUGCUGGAGAAUGGCACGGAUGCGGUAUUUCUGGGCAUCGGACUACCACAGCCAAAGGUUGACAAGGUAUUCGGAGGACUGACCGAGGAGCAAGGAUUCUACACCUCCAAGAGCUUCCUGCCGCAGGUCGCCGACGGUAGCAAACCGGGACUGUGCGGUUGCAAGCAGUCUGCCAAGCUGCCCGUUCUGAGCGGUAACGUCAUCGUGCUCGGGGCAGGCGAUACGGCGUUCGAUUGUGCGACUUCAGCGCUUCGGUGCGGUGCCCGCAAGGUGUUUGUCGUGUUUCGGAAGGGUAAUAACAACAUUCGUGCCGUACCGGAGGAGGUAGAGCUGGCACGUGAAGAACGGUGCGAGUUUAUUCCGUUCAUGGCGCCGAAGGAAGUGUUCGUAAGAUCGGGCCGGAUUGCAGCGAUGGAGUUUUAUCGCACCGAGCAAGACGAGACAGGGAACUGGGUUGAAGACCAGGAUCAGAUUACACGGCUCAAGGCUAGCUACGUUAUCUCAGCGUUCGGUUCCGGGCUGUACGACGCUGACACGAUUACUGCUCUCGAUGGAUUAAAGAUGAACCGCUGGGGUUUGCCUGAGGUUGAUCCAAAAACGCAGCAAACCUCUUUGCCGGCCGUGUUCUGUGGUGGAGAUUUGGCAGGUGCUGCCGAAACGACGGUAGAAUCGGUCAACGAUGGUAAGACGGCCGCAUGGUAUAUGCACUGCUACCUGCAGGGUAUACCGUUCGACACAAAGCCGGAACUGCCGCUAUUCUACACCGAGAUCGAUCAGGUUGACCUGUCCGUGGAGGUAUGCGGUGUCAAGUUUGAGAAUCCCUUCGGCCUGGCAUCGGCACCGCCGACCACCAGCACGGCCAUGAUACGGCGUGCGUUCGAGCAGGGUUGGGGCUUUGCCGUGACGAAAACCUUCGCCCUCGACAAGGACAUGGUGACGAACGUGAGUCCACGCAUUGUGCGCGGUGUUACGGCCGGCCAGAAUUUCGGCCCACAGCAGGGUGCGUUCCUCAACAUUGAGCUCAUCUCCGAGAAGAGUGCCGACUACUGGUUGACCGGUGUCCGGGAGCUGAAGCGUGACUUCCCCACCAAGGUCCUGAUUGCGAGUAUCAUGUGCACAUACAACCAGCAGGACUGGGUGGAGCUGGCAUCGCGAGCCGAAGCGGCCGGUGCCGAUAUGCUCGAGCUAAACCUUUCUUGUCCGCACGGUAUGGGUGAAUCGGGUAUGGGAUUAGCCUGUGGACAGGAUCCGGAACUGGUGUACAAUAUCUCCUUGUGGGUGCGAAGUGCCGUGCGCAUACCGUUCUUCGUAAAGCUUACACCGAACAUCACCGACAUCGUGUCUAUUGCACAGGCAGCUAAACGCGGCAAUGCAGAUGGUGUGUCGGCGAUCAAUACCGUGCAGGGGUUGAUGUCACUGCGUGCUGACGGUACACCGUGGCCAGCGGUCGGUACAGACAGGCGCACGACGUACGGUGGUGUGUCCGGCAACGCUACACGCCCUCAGGCGAUGCGUGCCAUUUCGCUAAUCGCGAACAAAUUACCCGGCUUUCCAAUCUGCGGUAUUGGUGGCAUCGACUCGGCGGAAGUGGCACUUCAGUUCAUCCAGUGCGGUGCACCGAUCCUCCAGAUAUGCUCUUCCGUCCAAAAUCAGGACUUUACCGUCAUUGAGGACUACAUUUUGGGGCUGAAGGCGUUACUAUACCUGCGAGCAAAUCCACCACCGGAAGCACUGCCCUGGGACGGUCAAUCGCCACCAACAGCUAAGCUGCAGAAGGGCAAAGCGGUCGCACCGCUUCGCACCGACGACGGUAAGCCUCUGCUACACUUUGGCGAGUACAAGAAGCAGCGCGAAGAAAAGCUCGCCCAACUGCGUGUGCAACACGGACCGCUUUGGGAUCCGUGCGCGGAAGAAACCGUGAAUGGUACGAAUGGCCAUGCUUCGGGCACAGCAGACCUUCCGUCCUCGAACAGUGUGCCACGGGUACAGGAUGUACUUGGUGUUGCUCUGCCCCGCAUUGGUGAUUAUAAAAAGUUGGACAACACCAAGCAGGUAGUCGCCCUUAUAGACGAUGAUCUUUGCAUCAACUGUGGCAAGUGCUACAUGACCUGUGCAGACUCCGGAUAUCAAGCAAUUGAGUUCGAUCCGGUAACGCAUCUACCACACGUCAAUGAUGACUGUACCGGUUGUAACCUUUGCCUUUCGGUCUGUCCCAUCAUAGAUUGUAUCAGCAUGGUUCCGAAAAAGAUUCCACACGUCAUCAAACGUGGUCACCCAAAUACAAACAUCGUGGUGCAUGCGCUAAGUCCAUCGCAGUGAAAUAGAAUAUAACUAAACCCAUGUGUUAGCCACCAUGCGAAUCGACUAGCAGAAUGUUCUGGAUGCACAAAUAAUACGUUUAGGAUGCAUGUUCAUUACAAACAUAAGUGUUUAAAAAUGUAUAUCAAAAAUGUAUUUUACAUGGUACACGGUAAGCAUAAACAAGCACCAAUAUGAAAUGUUCA